AUGCGUCUCAAUUGGAAGUAUAACCGAGCAUCUCGAAAAAAGCUUUAUGGCCACACAAAUCAUGCUGUUACUUGUCUUCAGUUUGAUGAAGACAAGGUCAUUACUGGAUCGGAUGAUCAUUCGGUUAAUGUCUACGAUAUAAAGUCGGGGAAACUUAUGCGUAUUCUAAACGGACACAGUGGUGGAGUCUGGGCACUCAAAUACGUUGGAAAUACCCUUGUUACUGGCUCCACUGAUCGUACUGUGCGUAUCUGGGAUAUUAAUGCAGGUGUCUGUCGGUACAUUUUCCAAGGCCAUUCAAGCACUGUUCGGUGCCUCACUAUCAUUGUACCGACUCCAUCAAUAUCAUCUACUGAGGAACAUUCUCCACAGCCAUCACAACCCCUUAUUGUUAGUGGGUCCCGCGAUUUUACUCUCAAAGUUUGGAGACUCCCGGACCUUGACGAACCAGUAAUAGACACUGACCAAAAAGAGAGCACUUAUUUAUUACACACCUUAAGUGGACACACUCAAAGUGUACGUGCACUUGCCGCUCAUGGAAGCACGGUUGUGAGCGGAAGCUAUGAUCAUACAGUGCGUGUGUGGGAUGUCGAGCAUGGUAAAGCUGGCCAUGUACUUACUGGACACACCCAGAAAGUCUAUUCGGUUGUCAUCGAUCCCAAGCGUAACCAUUGUAUUAGUGGUAGUAUGGAUUCUUCCGUCCGGAUCUGGAAUUUAGAGGAUGGUACUUGUGUAUCCAUACUGAGAGGACAUUCAAUCCUUGUAGGUCUCUUGGGACUGUCGGGAGACUGCCUGGUAAGUGCGGCCGCUGACUCUUCGCUUCGAGUCUGGUCUGCAGAGACAGGCGAAUGUCAAUAUCUUUUGGCUGGCCACAAGGGUGCAAUCACUGCCUUCCAACAUGAUUCCCAAAAAAUCAUUUCAGGCUCGGAAGGAGGUCUCAAGAUGUGGUGCACAAAGACAGGAACUCUAUUACAUGAACUCAUUGAUGAUAUCAGUGGUUUAAAGAUAUUCUUUAAGGAAUGGGUGGCAAAACCACAUGGGCAUAUGUUGCUUGUUUAG